AUGGCGCCGUUCAUCAACACUUCGCCAGACGAGACGAUCCUAAACACGCAUAAAACGGAAACCAAACAUGCUAUUGCAAUUAGUUCUAGUGAGGUCUCGCAGAAAUUUACUGUCAAAGAGAUCGAACUAUUGCAAGAGCUUUUUUUCCGGUUACCUGGGCUGAAGUUGGAGGAUGUUGAGGCUAUUUACGCCUGCACGCCGAUGCAGGAGGCGAUUCUGCUGAGCCAGGCCCAGGGUACUGGCGACUACAUUAUCCGGUCUACCUUCGAGCUGCACUCACUAAAUGGUCACUCAUUUGAUUUACAGCGCCUUAACGAAGCGUGGCGCAAUCUUGUUCAGCAGUCGGAUGUCCUCCGAACGACUUUUGUAUCGACCACAUCCGGGAAAACUCUAUUCUAUCAAGUGGUUUUGAAACAAGUCACAACAGGAAUUCAGCAGGUGGAAUAUGAGUCUGUGAACAACUUCAUCGCGGCGAGCCCGGAUUGCGCCGCAGAUCGUGGGGUAUCGCAUCGCCUAGUCUUCUGCAAGACUCCUGACGGUCCCGAUUGUUUGAAGAUUGAAAUGCACCACAGUGUAGCAGAUGCCCAUUCCAGCUACAAGAUUUUCCACGAGCUCAUGCGACUAUACGACCAACCCGACGCGCAACUGCGAGGCCCUCCUUUCCGAGAUUUUGUCCAACAUCUCGAUGAUUCGCCCGACGAGGAGCAAAAAUUGGAUUAUUGGCAGAGCUUCCUUGCCAACGUUCAGCCAUCGAUGUUUCCUCAGCUUCGUAUUGGAGACAAGCCCACCAAAUCUUUCGAAAGGAAAGAGCAACGGGUUCAACUGGACAGAGACGCGAUUUUGAAACUGACCUCAAAAUCCUCGCCUGUCAGCUUCUCUAUGUUCUUUCACGUUGUAUGGUCUGUUUUGUUGCGAGCUUAUCUGGGGCGUGACGACGUGAUGUUUGGGUACAUCUCCUCCGGCCGCCGCAAUGUGCCCCUACCCAAUGUUACCGACGCCCUAGGUCCCUACAUUUGCAUGAUGGUCGCUUGCGCGCGUAUGGAGGAGGACUCAGUUUCUCUUAUGGAGCUGGCCGGCCAGCUUCGUAAGAAUGUUGCUCGUGGCUGGGCUCAUGAACAGUGUUCUCUGGUUAGUAUUCAGCGAAAAAUGCAGUCUAAUGGAGGUCUUUUCAACACACUUGUCGAUGUUCAGAGAAUUUCCAAACUGGCACAUACGUCCACGGAGAUGUACAUGGAUUUAGUACACGUUCACACUGUCGCUGAAUAUGACUUGGUUCUCAGCGUCGAGGACACUGGCAACGACCUGCUGGCCAGGAUCAGUUAUCAGACGAGCCUUCUAGGUGAUGCAGACGUGGAAAAUAUUGCUAGUUGCUUCCUUUCAAUCGUGAAUCAGUUUUUGCAAGACCCACACACCAAGAUCCGGUCGCUGGACCUUUCGACUGAUAUUCAUCGCACUCAGAUUGAGAGAUGGAACGGCGCUCCACUCGAAGCUAUUAGCGCGUGUGCCCAUAAUCUCAUCGAGAGUGAAGCGGCACUCCAUCCGGAGCUGGAAGCUAUUUGCUCGCCAGGAGGAUCUCUGACGUACGGUGAAUUGUCCGAGAUGAGUGAUCGCUUAGCCUCUCAUCUCAUCUCUGCCGGUGUCGGAUCAGGAGUGCUCGUUCCUAUCUGCAUGGAAAAGUCUCCCCAGGCUCUGGUUUCAAUGCUAGCCAUAAUGAAAGCCGGAGCCGCAUUUGUGCCUCUCGAUCCAUCUGCUCCGGCACAUCGGAUCAGUGUCAUUUUGGCAGAUACCAAUGCGGCCGUCAUUGUCGGCUCGCAUUCAACCCUCGCUGUGAUAGAUGCCGUUAUCCUGGAUCACCAGAAGCUUGUUGUCGUUGACGAGGGUCUGUUUACGUCUCCUGGACCCUACAUUCUACCAAAGCCUGCAGUUGCUAGUUAUCAUGACCCGGCAUACGUUCUCUUCACCUCUGGCUCAACCGGUAAGCCAAAGGGAGUUGUGGUCCCUCACGAAGCACUAUGUAGCAGCAUGUACGCCCACGGCCGAGCUAUGGCUAUUGACCGGACCACUCGAUCACUUCAAUUCUCUGCUUAUACCUUUGAUGCGUUUAUUGCUGAGACAUUUACUGUACUUUUGUUUGGCGGCGUCGUAUGUGUGCCAUCGGAGGAGGACCGCAUGAACAAUGUCGCCAAAGCUAUUAAUCAAAUGGGAAUCAACUGGGCGAUGCUGACUCCGACCUUUGUGCGUCUUCUCGACCCUGUAUCUAUUCCUACACUACGGUCGCUUGUUCUUGUCGGGGAGGCUGUCGAUCAGGAUUGUUUAGAUCAAUGGCUGGGACAUGUUCGACUGUUCAAUGGGUAUGGACCUACCGAGACUUGUGUUGUAUGCAUCACACACUGCUUCUCGAAUGACCACAGCCGUCAGCAUGAUGUUAUCGGUUAUGCAGAAGGAUGCAGAGCCUGGGUAGUGGAUAAAAAUGACUUUAACGUUCUGUCUCCACUUGGAUCGGUUGGUGAGCUCAUCAUUGAAGGCCCAAAUAUCACCAAAGGUUACUUAGGUGACCCCGAAAAGACCGCGAAGUCGUUUAUCGAACCCCCAACAUGGGCUUCCCACUUCUUCCACAAUACGGAAAAACAACGCCAUACCCCAUUCCGGCUUUACCGCACCGGUGACUUGGUACGACAGCUGAGCGAUGGGUCUUUCAAAUUCAUUGGACGUGGAGACAACCAGACCAAAGUUAAUGGUCAGCGACUAGAAGUGGGCGAGGUCGAGCACCACAUUCUACGCAGUAAUGCUGCUGUUCAAGCAUUAGUCAACGUCCCCAAGAAGGGCAAACUGCAAGGCCGAUUGGUCGCGGUUUUGGUUCUUGAAGGUCACCAGGAUAUUAAUGGAGAGGAUUCUGGUUUCAGCAUCGUCUCAAACGAACAGACAGCUGCGAUAGCUAGUCUCCUCGCCCAGGUGCGCGAUAAGCUGUCAACUGUCUUGCCCACAUAUAUGAUCCCCUCAACCUGGAUCCCUGUUAAGAGAAUGCCCGUGCUUCUCUCUGGUAAGAUGGAUCGACGCCAGAUCCAAGAACGCCUGGAAACCAUUGAUAGCUCAACUUUGGAUUCUGUACUCGACUUCCAGAGUACGGAGGCUAGCCACCUGCCCAUAGAAGAACUAUACGAAUUCGAGGAUGAUGCCACGAGUGUUCUUGCCAAUCAGCUUCGUGCUCUUUGGAGCGACGUGUUGAAUGUUCCAGAGAGCAAUAUCAGCUUCCAGCGACCUUUCCUUGCUCUAGGCGGUGAUUCUAUCUCAGCGAUGCGUGUCACUGGCAAAGCUAGAUCUCAGGGACUUCAUUUCACCGUGCGAGAUAUUUUAUAUCACAGCACCAUCGCUGGUCUUGCUCCGCAUGUGCAGCGGAUGGAUCAGCAGCAGCAUCCAGCCUCGACCAAAAUUAACUCUGACGAGGACCAACAUUACCCUCUACUGGUGCAGGGAUCACAGGUAGUGGAAGACAUAUUGCAGAAACUGUCAUCCAAAUUGAAAGCUUCGGGAGUUGAUGAGAUCGAGGACAUCUACCCUUGCUCUCCGAGCCAGGAAGGUAUGAUCGUCAGCCAGCUGCGGCAGCCGGAGCGCAAACUCUACAAUUUCGAAGUGACAUGGGAGGUUUCAGCCAAACCUGGGAGCCAUGUUGACCUGGAUCGCCUUGAGGCGGCCUGUGGCGCUGUUAUUCAACGUCACCCAAUUCUUCGCACCGUAUUCUGCGAGGUGGAUGCGGGGGAUUCGCCUUUUGUUCAAUUGGUUUUCAAAACGGCCAAAUCUCUUGGUGUUCCGGUAGUCCGAUCGAGUCUACCACCAUCGGAUACCAUUGUACCGGCACCCAUAAUUCUGGAUACUAGCCGUUUCCCCUAUCAAUGGACAUUGUGCCAGACAUCUGGUGGUGUAUUUUGCAAGUUCACCAUGAACCACUGUGUUAUUGACGGAUCAUGCCUUGAGACGCUCAUCCAUGACAUAGCCAUCGCCUACGGCAACGCUCAGCUACCCCGUGCCCCGCUCUAUAGCAGCUUCAUCGGGCAUUUGCUUAAAAGCCCACUCACUGAGUCCUACAACUUCUGGAAGGCACAGUUAGAGGGUGUGAGCUCUUGCCACUUCCCCAAUCUUACUCCAUCGGACCGUUCCAUUGCUACAUCUGGCCUUAUCAAUGUCGUCUUCCCUGAAGAUCAGGUUAAUAAGCUUCGUGCAAUCUGCAGAGAGCAGGGUCUUACAGUAUCGACAUUCAUGAAUACAGUGUGGGCGCUAGUUCUACAGGCCUACAUUGGACAAGAUGCAACUUCAGUUUGUUUUGGCUACAUGUCAUCUGGCCGAGACAUCCCUGUUCAAGGUGUUGAGGACAUUGUUGGUCCCCUCCUGAGUAUGCUGGUACAGAAAGUAGAUCUCCCAGCAUCCAGCACGGUUGGGGAGUUGUUGAAGAACGUUCAGAGUGAUAUGCUAGCCGGUCUUCCUCAUCAGCACUGUUCGUUGGCCAAAAUACACAACAGUCUCGGAUUCCAGGGUGAGACAUUGUUCAAUACCCUGGUUAAUGUGCAGCGACAUGUCCAACCGGAUGAUGAUGGGUUAGAAUCGGCCAUCAAACUGAAUUUCCAUGACUAUUCGGGCACAGCAGAGUUUGACGUUGUAUUUGACGUGGUUGACUCAGCCAAAGGCAUCACUGCAAACCUCCUCUACUGGACUUCAUGCAUCUCUGAGGAGCAUGCUCGCAAUCUUUCAGCAACGGUGAUCCAAGUAUUUGAAGCUUGUCUAGGCACAUCAGAUCGCCAAAUUGACCAGCUGGAACUGUGUUCAGAGCAACACCGUCUCAAACUUCUUGAGUGGAACCCAUCAUUCCCUCAUUCUGUUGAUGAAUGUCUGCAUCACCAAUUCGAGGCGCAGGCUGCCCGCCGGCCCAACGCACCCGCUAUCUGCACGACUGGCUUCGGGGUCAAUUGGAGCUAUGCUGAAUUGAACGAUCUUGCUACUAGAUUGGCCGCACACUUGGCUACUCUUGGAGUUGGGCCUGAGACUCCAGUUCCAUACUGCUUCAGCAAAUCCCCAUGGACUGUGGUUGUAAUCCUUGCAAUCCUGAAGGCGGGAGGAGCUUGUGUGGCAUUAGACCCUUCAUAUCCCCUCCAAAGACUUAGGGACAUGGUUUCACUCACAGCAGCAAGUGUGAUAGUGAGCGAGGAGAAACAUACAAAGAUGUUUGAUGAUUUCGCGGCAGUUACAAUUGUAUCCCUUACUCCAUCGCUGUGGGGUCAGGCAUCCUCUCGUGAAAUUUCCAGUUCGCCCGUCACUCCCAAGAAUGCUGCAUUUAUCAACUUCACUUCCGGCAGUACUGGGGUGCCCAAAGGAAGCGUUCUGGAGCAUCAGUCACUCAGCUCAGCUUUAUGGCAUCAUCGAAAACUAGACCCUAUCGGAGACGAAACGCGUGGUCUUCAGUUCUCAUCCUAUACUUUUGAUGCUAGUUUUGCGGAGAUCUUGCUGAUCCUUUGCUCUGGAGGAUGUCUGUGUGUGCCAACGGAAGAUCAGCGCAUGAACAACUUGGCUGCGACCAUUCGGGAACUCAGGGUCACUUGGAUGUACCUGACCCCAACCGUGGCCAGCCUUUUAAAUCCCGCCGAGGUGCCGGGGCUGGAGACAAUCUGCUUAGGCGGUGAACCUGUACUCGACAGUCUUGUGCGCAUGUGGCUGGGUAAAGUUCAUUUAAUUGCUACCUACGGUCCAUCUGAGUGUUCUAUUGCUAUCUCACGUUCCGAGGUUCAAGGGUUUGGAAAUGGUCAGCUCGGCCCAGCUUCAGGAGCACUGCUGUGGGUUGUUGAUCCUGCCAAUCCCGACCGGCUUAUGCCCCUGGGAGCACCGGGUGAGCUUUUGAUCGAAGGCCCAUUAGUUGGUCGUGGAUACCUCCAAGAUGAGCAGAACAAAGCAACAUUCAUUGUCGACCCUAUAUGGGCCCAAGCGUGCUCCGUGCCGGGGGUUCCAAACCUCGGUCGUCAAAUGUAUAAAACUGGAGAUAUUGUUCGGUUCGAAGCGGAUGGGUCUAUGGUCAUGGUUGGGCGCAAAGAUGCUCAAGCCAAGAUUCAUGGACAACGAGUGGACUUAGGCGAAAUCGAACACCAUCUUCUUACCAGUGACCAUGGAAUCAGACAUGCCACCUGUCUGGUUGUUAAAAAGGGUCCAUUUGCCGGAACCCUUACCGCUAUACUGUCCUCGAUGAAACUGGAGGAUGCAGCUUGGGGUGUCUCUGACCCUUCCAUGACUAUCAUUCAAGGCCCCGAAGCACAAGCACGUAUUAGCGAACUGCGUACCUGGCUUGAAGACCGUGUGCCUGUUUAUAUGAUCCCCCGAGAGUGGAUACUGGUUGACACGGUGCCCGUCUCAUACAGUGGCAAGCUUAAUCGCCGAGCGUUAGGACAGUGGCUGGAGAGAAUCAGCGCAGAGACAUACGACGCCAUGCAGGCCUUGGAAAACGACGCCACUAUUGUGGACGAGAUAAUCAGCCCAAUGGAGGACCAAAUCCGGCAGGUGUGGGCGUCUGUUCUCAAAGUGUCAGAAAGUCGUAUCGGAUUAGGUCGAUCCUUCUUCAGUCUGGGUGGAGACUCGAUUUCCGCAAUCCAGGUGUCUUCCCGACUUCGCAAUGGUGGUAUCCGUGUCUCUAUGCACGAUAUCAUGCAAUACCGUUCGAUUUGUGACAUUGCAAAACAUGCAGAGUAUAUUGAUAGCUCAUCGACUGCAAGCUUGGUGACCCCAGAACAGAUUUCGGCUACCUCAUUCCCAUUCCCUUCUCUUGAGGGCCGCUUAUCUGAACCGGAUCUGGACAUUCUGUUCAACAAGAUUCAACAGGAUACCGGCAGAGAGAAUGUUGAGGAUAUAUACGCCUGCUCGCCAAUGCAGGAAGGUAUUCUCAUCAGCCGAGCAAAGCAGGAUGGUCUCUACGACACUGCUACGACCUGCCAGAUCAUCCCUCGCCCCGGGAAAGGACCAACUGAUGUGGCACAACUUGAGAGGGCUAUCGCCCAAGUCAUUUCGCGACACCAGGUGCUUCGGACUUGGUUCGUGGAGUGCGAGGGAGCAACGCCGUACGUGCAAGUAGUCCUGCGUCAAGUUGCGUCGCCAAUUGUCCGCACUACUUGUGUAGAUCUUCAGGACCUGCUCAGUUCAUCGUCUUCCCCCACCGGUGUCGAUGGUUCCCAUAAACUUGGCUACCGAUUUACCAUUGUUGAAUCGGCGACCGGGGAGAUAUACUGUCAACUUGGAAUCAACCACGCGUUGAUUGACGGCCAGUCAAUUCAAGUUUUACUCCGUGACAUUCUACUGGCCUACGAUGGUGCACUGCCCAUCGAUCCUUCCCCACCACGCUAUGGUGAUUUCAUCAAUUAUCUUGCCAGAUAUCCCAAGAACACCGCACUGGAGUACUGGAAGACAUUGCUGGAAGAUGUUCGCCCGUGUAAGUUCCCAUCACUCAACCCGCACGCUAAUCAGCAGCCAGCCGAAUUCAAACACACACGGCGAGACCUUGACAGUAAACUCGUCCGACGAAUUCACACUUUGUGCCAAGAGCAAAACACCACCAUUGCAACCGUUAUCAGUGCAGUAUGGGGACUUGUUCUUCAGGCAUAUGUUGGUGCCGAUUCGGUAUGCUUUGGAUAUCUCUCAUCAGGCCGCGCCGUCCCAGUACCUCAGGCCGAAUCGAUCAUCGGCCCCCUCAUUACUAUGAUGGUUUCCAGAGUUGAUUUGAACCCUGGAAUGCCUCUGACCCAACUGAUUGAGAAUCUGAAUGAUCAAUUCUUGAAUGGUCUUGCCCAUCAACAUUGCUCCUUGUCUGAGAUCCAGCAUGCCACAGAUGGAGGAAGACAACGUGGACUGUUGUUCAACACAGCCGUUAAUGUGAAAAGAGGAGGGUCAUCAUUGGAACAGUCUUCCACAAGCAUGCAAUUUGACAUCUUAAAUGUAUAUGACCCCAGCGAAUUUGACGUCCUUUUAAAUGUGGACCAUACUGACCAAGAGGUCACACUUUCACUCCACUACUGGCCACAAUGCUUAUCAAAUGAUCAUGCGGAACUCCUUGGCCAUACAGCCGUACAGGCAUUGACCUCACUACUGGACAAUCUUUCCGGGACUGUUGCGGAUGUGGAAUUGUUCAGCGAGGCGCAUAGGACGCGUCUUUUGAAUUGGGUCCCUGAAGCGCCCGUGGCAAUCAAAUCGUGCGUGCACAAAUUGGUGGAGGACAAAUCUAAGUCUCAGCCAGAUACACAGGCCAUCUGCACGACAGACUUGUCUAUGACAUACCGGGAGUUGGAAUCUCUCUCUUCUCGGCUCGCGGGGCACCUAGCCUACUUGGGCGUGGGACCAAAUAUAAUGGUGCCCUUCUGUUUCGACAACUCUGCCUGGGCAGUUGUCGUCAUGUACGCGAUUCUGAAAUCCGGCGGUGUUUGUGUGGCGUUGUCUCCAGCGUAUACCGAAAUUCAGGUUGCCAGCAUCAUUCAGUCAACUGGGGCAAGUGUGGCUGUCAGCCACAGUGAAUACGUCGCGAGAUUUGCAAAGUCAACUGCACGGGUUAUAACGUUGGAUGGGACAGGAGAAAGUGUGUCAGCCAUGCUAAACCACCUCGAACAAUUUCCUGUCACCAAUACCUCCCCUGUGAAGCCGAGUAGCGCUGCAUUUGUUGUCCUGGGCUCCAAUCUGACCAGCAUCUCGGAUGCCAUUAUUCUGGAGCAUUCUUCCAUCAGCACAGGCAUACACUACCGAGGCGCGAAAGAACUUUUGUCGACUGAGGCCCGUGUCUUGCAAUUUUUCAAUUACACCGAUAAGACAAGCAUCCAUGAAAUUUUCGCUACAUUGGCAUUUGGAGCUACUAUCUGCAUUCCAUCUCGCUAUGAGCGACUGGGCAACCUGUCAACCUUUGUAAAAUCGCAACGUGUAAACACUGCACACUUGACACCCACGGUGGCUUAUUUGCUUGACCCAGUUGAGAUCUCUUUGCGCACUCUGGCCCUCGAGGGCGAGCCAAUCCCCCGGAAUCUUGUUCGUUCGUGGGCAAACCACACGAACCUUAUCACAGGCUAUGAGCCAGCCGGGUGCUCUACUUCUUGCUCCGCGGCCUUGCUCAGUGCAUCCGAUAUCCUAGAUGACACUCUGGGCAGGCCAUCUGGUUCUCUGAUGUGGAUUGUGGAUUCCAAGAAUUCCAACAAAUUGGCACCUAUAGGUUGCCCCGGUGAAAUCCUUAUCGAGGGACCACUACUGGCACGCGGAUACUUUGAUCCUAACCAGACAGAAAAGGUAUUUUUGGUCGAUCCCACCUGGGUGCAAUCUGAGUCUAUGCCUGGAGCGGAAUGCAGUCGCCGUUUCGUCAAGUCUGGACACAUUGCUCGGUACAAUGUGGACGGCACGUUGACUAGUCUUGGACCCAAGGAGUCUCAAGUCGAGGCCCACACUCAGAAAAUCAGCUUCGCAGAAAUUGAAGCUCAGAUAUCUGAUCAAUUUGUUAGCCACUCGGUGGCUCUUGUGCCGAACAAUGGAUAUUGGCUGGGCAAGUUCGUUGUUCUCUUCUCCGUGGAACGCUCUCUGACACCCCAUGGCCAACCAUUGGCGGUCGGUGUGACAAAAGCGUCUGCUGCCCACGUCCGCGACCUUCGCAAAAAGUCGCACACCUCUCUUCCCAGCAACCUGUUGCCCCAUGCUUUGGUUCCAGUGGCCGGCCUUCCCGUACUCUCCAACGGCAAGCUCAACCGCGAGAAGCUCCAGUUAUGGCUAGAAGGCUUAGACGCGGACACCUGUGAGAGAGUUCUUGCGCUGGGUCAAGAAGAAAAGCAGACAAACAGUAAAAUUGAAACCCAAUUAGUCACCAUUUGGUCCAAAGUGCUUUCGUUGCCAGAGCAAAUGGUGGAUAUAAACCAGUCAUUCUUCCGUCUUGGUGGAGACUCUAUCGCAGCGAUGCACGCAGCUGCACAGCUUCAAUCUGAGAGAAUUCCUCUUGCAGUGCACGAUAUUCUUCGGCUUCGAACCAUUGCAGCCCUCGCAGCGCUUGUGGUUGAGAAAGGCAUAGAUAACUCCACCGAAGUUCCCCAGCAGCGACUUGAAAUUGUCCCAGAGACCAAGAACACUGACUUCCCUCUAACACCGAUCCAAAGCAUGCAUUUCCAAAGUCAGCCAAAUGGCUUGAACCAUUUCAAUCAGAGUUGCCUUCUACGCUUUGGGGGAAGCGUUAGCAGAAGCUUUACCCCAGGAGAAGUCAAGUCCUCUUUGUUAGCCUUGAUUGAGCGUCACUCAAUGCUCAACGCACGGUUCUCGAUAAAUUCCGCCGGAUUCUGGUCCCAACGCAUUAUCGAAACGUCGCUAGAAUCUUUGAAUUUCUCGCAUUUCGCGCAUACAUCUAUGGAGGAGGCACGAUCCAUCUUUACCUCGGUUCAAGAUGGGUUAGAUAUACAGCAUGGCCCACUCAUCGGUGCAAGUCUCCUGGAUGUGACAGCAAAUGGCGCCACGGAACAGCUGUUGUUCAUAGCAGUCCACCACUUGGCUGUUGACCUAGUUUCGUGGCGUGUUUUGGUCGACGAUCUAGAGGCACUCUUACUACACCAGCCCUUGGCCCCGAGGCCUAUGUCCUUCCAGAGUUGGGAGUCUGUUCAAAGGGAACAUACCAGAAAGGAGCUAUCCCCUGAAAAGGUUCUCCCCGCUAGCUUCGCACCAAGCGUUGACUUUACUGACUACUGGGGUAUCUCCAAACAACCUCAAACUUAUGGCACAACUAUCAAAGCGCAGUUCACCGUGGACAAGGAUACUACGGCCCUCCUUCUUGGAAAGGCCAACGAUGCCCUAGACACUGAAACGGUGGAGAUUCUUCUAUCCCUAUUGCUCUGUUCGUUUGGAAGUACCUUCAGUGAUCGCGCAUUGCCCGUUGUAUUCAGUGAAGGCCACGGUCGAGAAACUCUAAUCCAGGACAUUGAUCUAUCCCGAACUGUGGGAUGGUUCACAACCAUGUUCCCCAUCGCAAUUCGCCCGACCGGUCGCCAUCACGACAAAGACUCACAGAUUCGUCACACUUUGCGCUCUGUCAGGGAUUAUCGUCGAUCGCUGCCUGGCAAGGGCUGGCCUUAUUUUGCUUCUCGGUAUCUAAAUGAUCAAGGCAUUUCGACAUUCACAGGACAUGAGAACAUGGAGAUCCUAUUCAAUUACCUCGGUACAACUGGAACCGCUACAAGCGACCGGCUCUUAGAGCAGCUUGCUAUUGGAGAUGCAUCUGAUGUUUCUUCAAGCGCAGUCAGAUCAGCGUUAUUUGAAGUCACUUCCAUUGUGCAGCAUGGCCGACUGUGCUUCCAGUUCCUUUACGACUCAAGCAUGCCACGCCAGCAAGAAAUUCAAUCUUGGAUCCAUGAGUGCGAGUCGAUCCUUACACACGCCGCUAAGAGUCUUGCUCAGGCUACCCCUGAAUUAAGAGAAGCUGAAUUUCCCCUGUUGGAUCUCGGCGAGGAUGUGUCCCUUGAGAGUGUCGUCCAGCGCUGCGUGUCUAGCUUUGGCUUGUCAGGCCCCGAUGAGAUUGAGUCUAUUCACCCCUGCUCGCCCAUGCAGGAAGGCAUUCUACUGAGUCAAUCACGAACAUCAGGAGUCUACGAUGUGCAGGGUGUUUGGAAAGUGGCUAUAAACUCGUCUCAAUCAGCGGUUGACGUGAAUCAGCUAAAACUGGCGGCUCAGAGAGUGAUCUCUCGUCAUGACAUUCUGCGCACUCAUUUUGCCGAAUCGCAUCGUGAUGGCACAUCCUUCCUCCAACUAGUUCUCAAGCAUGUUACUUCAGGUGUACAAUUGGUCGACUUCAACACGCUUGAGGAUCUCAAGCAAGUCACUUCACACGAGGAAGCCAGUGGCAAGACCCCCAGCCUCCCAUACCUAUUUACUAUUUGUCAGGUUCCAAACAAUGAUGUCUACUUGCGCCUGGAUAUCAACCAUGCGCUGAUCGAUGGUACAUCGACUGCCCUGUUAAUCAGAGAUCUUGGCCUUGCAUACAAUGACCAACUCUCUCCGGUUGGACCCAAGUACAGCGACUUCAUCGCUCACCUGCAAACUCUUCCUCAAAAUAAGGCUCUCACCUUCUGGGCAGAGAUGCUAAAGGAGACAAGCCCGUGUCACUUCCCUCUUCUUAAUGAGCGAGAGGCCGCCGACUCACAGGCGUUCAAGACAAUUGAAGUCGAACUACCAGAUGGCCAGAGCAACCAAUUACACGAUUUCUGCCGACAGCAUGACACCACCCUAGCUAACUUUAUGUCAACUAUCUGGGCAUUGGUGUUGUCUUGCUUUGUGGGCACCGAUUGCAAUCGCGUCGCCUUUGGAUACCUGGCCUCCGGCCGGGAUGUUCCGGUUGAGGGUGCACACGAAAUCCUUGGCCCAAUGAUUACUAUGAUCAUUCGGCAGGCCGAAAUUGAGUCUGAGAAGACAGUUCUUGGCCUAAUGGAAACUAUGCAAGAUGAGUUCGCCCGUAGUUGGCCGCACCAACACACAUCUCUUGGAGAGAUCCACCAUGCUUUGGGUCUAAAGGCAACUCCUCUCUUCAACACAAUUGUUAAUGUCCAGAGAUCUACUGUUGAAGAUACGGCAGCCACUGGUGAUAUUUCCUUUUAUGAAAUUGCCAUGAACAUUAAAGAUGGCAGUGAAAUUUGGCUUUCUCUGGGCUACUGGGUCCGCUGCCUAUCUGAGCCGCAAGCCCAAUCCCUUGCUUUCACCGUUCGCACUGCAAUUGCCUCCGUUCUUGAGAAUCCGAACCAGUUGAUAUCAGCUGUUUCAAUGGUGGGCAAAGAACAAAUGCAGCAGUUCCAGUCCUGGAACGCGAACAUUCCAGAACCUAUCCAUCAAUGCAUACAUCACACCAUUGAGAAACAGGCACUGAUCAACCCAGAGGCGCCAGCGGUAUAUUCGACAGAACCAUCAAUGUCACUCAACUAUCGACAAUUUAACGAGAUGGCAGAUACACUGGCAAAGACUCUGGUCAAUCUGGGCGUUGGUCCGGAAUCACUUGUCCCCUUCUGCAUGGAUAAAUCUCCUCUAACACCUAUCGUGAUGAUUGCCAUCCUCAAAGCUGGUGGAGCUUGUGUGGCCCUGGAUCCAUCUCAUCCAAUCCAGAGGCUACAAAGUAUCAUACGCGACUCAGAGGCAAGAGUUAUUUUGGCGGCACCCUCACAUGCAUCCAAAUUCAUCGAUCUAGUUCCCCAUGUGCUACCAGUCAACGAAGAUAUAUUCGUCCCCUCAGCCGAAUUUACAGAUCGAAGUGUCUCUACAGUGCUGCAGGCAGUCCAUCAUGGCAAUCCUGCCUUCGUCAUUUUUACCUCGGGCAGCACCGGUACUCCCAAGGGUAUUGUUGUGGAGCAUGGCGCAUUUUGCUCGAGUGCUCGUUCUCACGCCCCACCUCUACGUAUCCAGCGGGGAUCUCGGGUUCUACAGUUCGCCUCAUACACUUACGACUUGAGCAUCGCUGAGACAUUUACCACGCUCAUGGUGGGUGCCUGUAUCUGUGUUCCUUCAGAAUUUGAAAGGCUGAACCGCCUUGCCGAUGCUAUUAACGCAAUGCAAGUUGACUGGAUGUUCCUCACUCCAACUGUCGCUGCUCUUGUACGGCCAGAGCAAGUGCCCACGGUCAAAACCCUUGUUCUAGGAGGAGAACAUGCAACAGAGAACAACCUGGCUACAUGGGGUAGCAGACCUGGUGUUUGUCUCAUCAACAGUUACGGCCCUGCAGAAUGUGCCAUUUGGACGAAUGCAAACAUUGGCGUACAAACGACAGCAGACACAUCCAAUAUUGGAGGUAGACUCGGCUGUUCUUUGUGGAUCGUUGAUCCUCGCAACCACGACCGACUCCUUCCAGUCGGCGCUCGGGGUGAAAUCGUCAUUGGUGGGCCAACGUUGGCGAGAGGAUAUCUCCAUGAUCCAGUCAAAACGAAUGCAGCAUUCAUCCAUGACCCAGCAUGGGCGGACAAAGAUACUGGAAGCCAUCAAGCAUUUUACAAGUCCGGAGACCUGGCGCGGUACAACGCAGAUGGAUCUCUUUGCAUCCAGGGACGCAAAGACACUCAAGUCAAAGUCAAUGGACAUCGGAUUGAGCUUGGGGAUAUCGACUUGAACAUGGCUCGCAUCCCAUGUAUCGAACAUGCUGCGGCCCGCCUUCCACGUUCGUCGCCUCAAUUGCGCGACCGUCUCGUUGCUGUCCUAUCUUUGCAAGAGCUGGCAACCUCCCGGGAUGGCCACGGCAACGAUAGCGUCCUCAAAAUUAUCAAUCAGCCCGACCAUAAGAAGGUCGCUAUUCAGCAGCUGGGGGUCAUUCGAGCUACUCUCGAGCAGCAGCUUCCAAAGCACAUGAUCCCCAGUCUUUGGAUCCCUGUAGAGAAAAUGCCUCUUCUCACUUCCGGCAAGCUUGACAAACGUGCUGUCAUGUCGUGGCUGGAGGCAAUGGAUGACGAGAGAUACCAACAAAUCCUUGCUCUAUCCACAGCAAGCUCAAGCCCUCACUCCAACCCUGAAAACGAAACAGAGUCUGCGCUGCAACAGAUCUGGGCAACAGUCCUAAAGUGCCCUGCUUCAACCAUAGGCAUGACGCAGUCAUUCCUGAGCCUGGGUGGUGACUCCAUUUCUGCAACUCAAGUUGUUUCUCGUGCCAGGACUGCGGGUAUUAAUGUCUUUGUGCAUGAUAUAUUGAAGCUACGAACAAUUCGCAAGCUUGCACAACAGGCCGCCGAUGUUGGCUCAGUUGUAUCUACAUCUUCCCGCGACCGAUACGCCCGUUUCGCCCUGCUGUCGGUCAAGGGAGCGGAGCUGGACCAAUUUGUCACUGAUUGCAUUUCCCGUCUGGAACUCGAGAGCCCCGUUGAGAUUGAAGACAUAUUCCCAUGUUCGCCCAUGCAGGAAGGCAUUCUCAUCAGCCAGGCCAGAAUGCAGAGUCACUACCGCGUCCGCGCAUUGUUCCAGGUAGUACCCCAAUCGGCCCAGCCUAUUGAUAUCGGAAAAUUGGUGAAGGCAUUUGGAAAGCUUUCUCAACGCCACCAGGGCUUGCGAACAAUCUUUAUUGAUGGAAUUUCAGGCCAUGACAGCUUUGUGCAGGUGGUCUUGAAACAAGCCCCCGUUCCAGUCUUCGAGGUGAACACUUGCGAUACCCUUGACGACUUCAAAGCUCUUGCAGAAGAAAAUGAUUACGCGGUUGAGGGACCUCCGUAUCGAGUAUUGAUUGGCCGGAUCUUAUCAGGCGAAGUUUAUUGCCACUUGGUAAUUAAUCAUGCUCUUGAAGAUGGCUCUUCGAUGCACGUCUUUAUUCGGGAUCUGUGCCUCGCAUACGACGAGAUUCUCUCUUCGGGUCCUCCGCCUUUAUACAGCGAUUUCAUCUCAUACAUCCGGGCCCGUCCUUCCCAAGUCGGUAUGAAAUUCUGGAGGGACUACCUCGAUGGUGUGGUUCCUACGAAUUUCCCCAUCUCGACACCAGUGGGCACCGUCACUGAACCCGCACAAAUCGGCUGCAUUAACCGAAUGAUCGAGGGUGAACAAGCAGCAUCCUUACACCAGCUUUCCGAGGAUCACGAGAUUACGGUAGCCGACAUAUUCAAGACAGUAUGGGCAAUUGUGCUGGGAUCUGUCCUUGGCACUGAUUCUGUGUGUUUUGGAUACCUUGCCUCUGGUCGGGAUGCCCCAGUACCUGAUGUACACAACAUCCUUGGGCCCCUCAUCAAUAUGCUUGUCUUCCGUGCAAGGUUGGACAAAUCUACUAAACUCAUCGACCUUAUUCAGGAAGCACGUAAUGAUCAUACCCAGUCCUUGCCUCACCAGCACUGCUCUUUGAAGGAAAUCUUCCAUGCCGUCAACGGUGGACAAACGCCUCUUUUCAAUACUCUUGUAAAUGUUCAGCGGGCCACAACUGCCUUCUUUGUCGAUGAAAAGGACUCGACCGCAAACCGAAGUAUUACUCUUCGCAAUAUUGCACUUCAUGAUCCUACAGAGUAUGAUGUGAGUCUCGAUGUGAUGGAAUCAAAGACACAGAUUCAUGUCAUGGUUCAUUAUUGGACAUCUUCCAUCUCCGCAGGCCAGGCCUCUGCUCUUGCGGAUACGAUUCUAGCCACCAUCAACCAGGCUCUCGCCGAGCCGUCACAGAAGAUUGGACAGCUGGAUCUCUUCAGUGACAGAGACCGCGAUCUUCUUUCCCAGUGGAACCCUGUUCUGUCUCCAGAUCAGGGCCGUUUACUGCAUCAUCUCAUUGAAGAGCAAGCUGCCAGCAAGCCACUCCACGCCGUUGCCGUGACCUCCAACGAAGGCUCUCUUACUUACCACCAGCUGAAUGAGAUGGCAAACAAACUGUCUCAUCAUUUAUCUCAGCUUGGCGUCAGCCCAGAGGUUAUUGUGCCGUGCUGCUUUGAAAAGUCUACAUGGGCAAUUGUCGCCAUGCUUGCUGUGUUGAAGGCAGGUGCCGCAUGUGUCGCACUUGAUCCCGCUUUACCCACGGAGCGCCGUAAACUGAUUAUCAGAGAUACUGAUGCAUCGUUCAUUCUUACCUCGGCGGCACAGUCCAAAUCUGCUGAAGCUCUAGAUGCAAACGUGAUAUCCGUAUCACAAGAUACUAUCGACAGACUACCCCAGCCUCCAGUUGACGGCGUGCCUGACACGGGCGUCAGGCCAGACAACGCAGCUUUCAUUGUUUACACUUCGGGCAGUACGGGUACUCCAAAGGGAGCCGUACUUGAGCAUCGCAAUCUCUAUGCUUUCUCGACUGGCGAUGCGAUGCCCAACAUGACGAGUGAGUCGAGGGUGGCACAUUUCGCCUCUUACGCCUACGAUGUCAGUAUCGAGGAGACUAUUUUGACCUUGACUCGUGGUGCUUGUGUCUGCAUUAUCUCGGACGAUGACCGAUUGGCGGAUCUUCCUGGUGCAUUAAAUCAACUUCAAGUUAAUUGGGCCGAUUUGACCCCUACUGUUCUACGCAUGCUGGAACCCAGGAACCUACCAUACCUGAAGACCGUGGUUCUCGGUGGCGAGUUACUGACUGAUGAUGUGAUCGCGAAAUGGCACAACAAUGUCCAAAUAUUCAACUCUUACGGGCCUUGUGAAUGUGCCAUUGCUUGUUGCGCGACAGAGGCUCUGAAAAUAGGUGACCGUGGAGCUAUCAUCGGGAAGCCGAAGCAGGCAAACAUAUGGAUUGUCGAUGCUGAGGAUGACCAACGGAUGGUUCCCGUGGGGGCUAUUGGCGAGCUCUGUAUCACAGGGCCCCUUGUUGGUCGAGGUUAUUUGAAAGAUCCGGUCAAGACCAAAGCCGCGUUCAUUGACGCUCCUUCUUGGGCCCGAGGAUCCGACACUAAUUUCCCGUGUCGCUUCUACAAGACUGGCGAUCUUGCCCGCUGGAACGCCGAUGGUACCAUUACCUACAUGGGCCGCAAAGACAACCAGACCAAGAUUCAUGGGCAGCGAAUUGAGUUGGGCGAGAUUGAGUAUCAAGUCACUUCUGGUGCGGAUGCCCGCAUCAGCGGCGUUGUGGCCGCCGUUCCGUCCAGCGGCAGACUUAAGCAGCGCCUGGUUGUUUUGAUGGCCGUUGGGGAUGAACAGCCGUCAAUGCAUCAAGAUAGCAGCAUUCAUCGCAUCACGGAUCAAGAACAACUCUCUAUAGCUCGUCGGGAACUUGUCAACCUCAGUACCUCCCUAAAGAAGAACUUACCACAGCACAUGGUGCCAAACCUGUGGAUAUUUGUCUACAAGAUUCCUACUCUCCCGUCUGGGAAAACCAAUCGUCGUCUCGUCAAUCAAUGGCUGGAUUCAAUGGACCAAGAAACAUACACAGACAUUGUGGCUUCUUCUCAGGAACCCACGGCCGUCGUACCACCUUCAUCUGAGAUGGAAAAAACACUUCUGGAACUUUUGAGUCAGAUUCUUGACUUGCCUGCUCCAAGCAUAAGCAUGGACCAGAGUUUCGUCGCUCUGGGCGGUGACUCGGUGCUUGCGAUGAAAUUUUUGGCUCGCUGCCGUGCAAAUGGUAUUAUUGCCCAGUUACGAGACGUGUUUCAGCAGACCUCAAUCAGCGCUCUCGCGUCUUGUUGCACGGUUUCGAACACUCCAACAACCGAUAAAAGGAUUGCUGGGCUGACUACCUCCCAUACCACGAGUAUUCAAGAAGACUUGGGUAUUAAUAAUGCCAAUGUGGAAGAUAUAUACCCAGCAUCUCCGAUGCAAGAAAGCAUCGUCCGCGUUCAACAGACAAGAAAUGCGUGGUAUGCCAACUGGGUGGUGGAGAUUCGGCCUUCGUCAAAGGACUCACCACCAGUGCAAAUGGCCGAUGUUGCCAAGAGCUGGCAACAGGUUGUCAAUAUGCAUCCCAUUCUACGAACCUUCUUCCAGACUGGUACUCAGUCUGGUCAGGUUUACCAGGUGGUCCUUCGAGAUUUCUCGGCACCCAUUUCCUAUCUUGCAGAGUCGCCUGACGCCGUCAACGAUUUCGAGUUACUUCCUGAUAUGCCAGCCGAUGGCACGCCUCCACAUCGCAUAGUACUGGCCGAGAGUGCUUCUGGGGCAGUUUUGCUACAAUUGCAAAUCAGUCAUGCUCUGUAUGAUGCUGUUUCACUCUCCAUCUUGUGGCAUGAUCUUCAAGUGGCAUACACACAAGGCCUAUCCAAAGAACCGCGCCCAGCCUACCGGAGCUUUAUCUCCUACUUGGGCAGUUUGGACCGUUCCCAAACAAUAGCCUUCUGGAGGGACCAUCUGACAAGCGCUCAAUCAUGCCAGUUCCCCUCGAACAACAAGUCACCAUCCGCAGAUGGACACAUUUCCGAGUCCUUCACCAGUGCUACAGUUCCCUUCCACAAGACAGAUCAAGUCCGGGCAUUGUGCAAAAAGUACGCAAUCACCACAGCCAAUUUGUUCCAGGCAGUCUGGGCUCUGGUCCUGCGCCAGUAUACCGGUUUGGAUGAUGUCUGCUUUGGAUUUAUGCUCUCGGGUCGGGACGCACCCAUACCUUCGGUGGAUGCCAUCGCCGGCCCAUUGAUCAACCUCAUGCCCUGCCGAGUAAAGAUGAGCCAGGAAACCAAGCUUGAAAGCCUGUUCCUUGAAUUACAGACAAAUCUCGCCGAGACCUUGAUGAAUCAAAACUGCUCGUUGGAGGAUAUACAUCACGCAGUGAAGGCGGGGCAGCCUCUCUUUAACACCUUCCUCAAUAUGCAGCGCGUGACCGCCCAGGCUCCCUAUUCCCAGAGCAGCAUUCAAUUUGAUGAAGUUCGAGGGUAUAUGACAGACGAGUAUGCAAUUUCUGUUUACGUCGUUGACAGUGAUGAUGGAAUUUCCAUCUCCAUGUCUUACUGGACAUCAGUUCUGUCCCCAGAGCAGGUUGAGAAGUUGUCGCAGGUUAUCCAGAACACUUUGGACCUUCUUUUUGAGAGUAGGGAAGACCAUCCCUUGUCUCUGCCAUCUCCCUAG